CGACAACACACGCGCGCAGCAGCGAGCACACUCGCUCGGGUCUCGCGCUCCCCACCCUGCGUGUCGCCUCGCCUCACGGCACGGGCACCGGCGCGCCGCCCUCGACGGCCUCACCGCCGGCUCACCGUGCCCAGCCCGAUGGAUCCCACCGCGGCCGACCUGCCGUGCGUCAUCCAGGCGCUCCCGGCGCACUCCAAGGCCGUCCCGCCGCCGCCACUGGUCCAGGCGCUCCCCGCCCACCACUCCCCGGCCAAAACCCACCCGCCGCCCGCCGCCGCCGCCGCCGACGCCGCCUCCUCUCCCGCCGCCGCCAAGCGCCGUCCCCCGCCCGCCACGCCGGGCCCGGCGCCCCCGAGCCCGCGCCGCACCCGCUCGGGCGGCGCGCCGGAGUGGACGCCCGCCGAGACGCUCGCGCUCGUCGCCGAGGUGGCCGCCGUGGACGACGGCUGGUCCCGCUCCGUCUCCACGUUCCAGAAGUGGGCCAUGGUCGCCGAGAACCUCGCCGCCUCCGAGGCCCUCGCCUCCUCGGGGCCCGCGAGGCGGCGGGGGAGCAAGAGGGCGGCGGCGGAGUGCCGCCGGCGGUGGGAGGCGCUGGCGGCGGAGCACAGGGCCGUGCGGCGGUGGGAGGUGCGCACCGGCGGGAGGUACUGGGAGAUGGGCGCCGCGGCGCGGAGGAAGGCCGGGCUGCCGGUGGAGUUUGAUGUGGAGGUGUAUGGGGCCAUGGACGCGCUCAUACGGGUCGAGGAGGCGCUGCUCGCGGGCGCUGCUGCCGGUGGCGGGGACGAGGUGGAGGGAUUGGUUGGCAGCGGUGCCGGCGUUGAGGUGGGUGAGCAGGACGGCGGUGACUACCGUGAGGUUGGAGAAGACGACGUCCAGGAGGAUGAAGCGGUGGAGGAGGCGAAAGAGGAGGAGGAGGAGGUGGUGGAGGUGGAGGAAGAGGAGGAGGAAGAAGAUGAUGAAGAAGACAAUGAGGAACAGGAGGAAAUGCAGAUGGAUGAUGGCAAUCCUGAUGCUUCAAAUGACUUGGGCCAUGAGAUGGGAACAAACAGCGAACCUGUGAAAAGCCAAAAUAAUGCAUGGGACCUGGCCAACAAGUUACAAGAGAAUGCACAGCAUAUUCACACCAUACUGAAGCACGAGACUGAUGAAGACGCUGGCCAAAACCACGCUCUUGCUGGUUUAGUUUCACCUGAUGCCAUGGCGACCACCCGCCAAAAGGCCGACGAGCUCAUCAAAUCGCUCGGCGGACUUGUCAGCUACCUGAACCAGUUCACUGAGCUGGUCAAGGAAAACGGGUUCGAGAACAUCGUCGGAAUGACCUGAUGCAUGAGGUGCAGGUUUCCUUUCAGGAGGAUAGAUCACGCAGCUUAAGAUUCCAGCACUAUAGUUUCUCUGUGUAAAUAUUAGGGCACUGUAUGACCUUGUAACCCAGGGGAUUUGUAGUGGAGAUUUUUAGGCGCAUUGGCAUCGCCAUUUGCUCA